AGUGCCAGAUGCUUCAGAGGGAAUGAACAGAACACGGCAAUUUAUCAAGUGAUACAUCCCGUCGUCCACUCCUAGCUUUGCAGAGUCCAGCAGCAAACAUGGACACUUUGCGUGGGGGAGUCAUGCUGGUCAGUCACUGCCUGGUGGGAGUUCCCAAGUGAUGCCUGCAGCUUGGUCAAUGUCCAGAGUAGCGGAUGGGUGUUAGUUUUCCCUAGCUGGGUGUGUCUCCAGCAAAGAGCAGCAGCCCAGAUGUAUUUAAAUAUUCACCAUGGCCGGUAAAUGAUUCCCAGGAAAAACCGAGCUGGUUUCUGUUCCCAGUGGUGUUCGCUUGUGGAUUGCAGCUGCAGAGCCGUGGCUGAGAUGUCUGAGGGACCUUCCAGGAUCUCAGGACCCAUCCCUCCCGACCCUACGCUGUUCCCGGACUAUUACAAACGCCCCCUGUCAGCUCGAGGGAGGCUGGAAGGGAAUGCCUUGAAGCUGGACUUCCUCUCGGGUCCUCUAGCCCCAGAUCCCAGCCUGUACCCCACCUGCUACAGUGCCCGCCUUGCCCAUCCUGCCCUGCGUAUCCGCCCCAAUGGUCAGGCCAUCCUGGAGAAGGGGCAGAAGGGGACGGUCGGGGUCUUGCUGAAGCUGGAGGGGAUCUCUCUCUACAGGGAGCCGCCCCUGAAAAGGAAAGAGGCCAAGGACCACGAGAAGGAGAAUGUGAGGCGGAUGAGGGAGAUCCAGAGGAAAUGCAAGGAGAAGGAGCUGGUGCGGGAGCACAGCCAGCCCAAACCCAUGAAGGCCUUGUGGAAAUCCCAGAAGUAUGAAAAUGUGGAGUCCAAGGUGAAGGCCAAGUUGCAGGAGAGCUCCCCCCCGCCCAACCCAGGGUCUCAGAAAUUCCUCCGGGCGUAUUCCCGCUGUGGCUCUGGGGUCCAGCCACACCGGUCGCUGUCGCCCAGCCCUGCCAAAACGAAAGUGAUGACCGACACCGAGGCUGCAGGAGCACAGCGCACUGAUGCCAAGAUCCAGGUAGAAGGCACCAGCGUCAACUUCGUAAGCCACAAUGCCCGUACUGCCAAGCAGGCCCCCAUGCGGCGCUCACGCUCGCUGCAGUCACUGGCCGAGGUGCUGGAGCAGAAGCGCCGGGAGCAGGAGGAGUACAACGCCAAGCAGAAGGGCCAUGUGCCCCAGUACCUGCUGGAGCGGAAGGAUCACUGGCGCAGGGAGAUGGAGGAACGGCAGCGGAACCUGCCCGACCCUGACAUGCCACCGGGUCACACCAUGAUGCCAGAGAGCGAGCGGCUGGAAACCCUGAACAACCUGCAGCAGAGCCAGGAGCAGCUGGUGAAGGACCUCGUGAUGCUGCCAGUGCGGGCUGACACCCUGAGCAUUCAGAAGAGGCGGGUGGAGCUGGAGAAGAAGCUGUCGCAGAUUGAUGAGGCUCUCAAAAUCUUCUCCCGGCCCAAGGUCUUCAUCAAGCUGGACUCCUGAGAAGGGGGGUGUUGUGCUGUGCGUGGAUCUGCCACCCUGCUGGGGGGCUCCCGGUCACUCCGCUCCGUGGGUUGGGGGUGGGUGGGAACCAAACUCAAUCUGCUUCCACUGGCUGCUGCAGCAGCUCCUGUGUUGGGGAUUCCCAGAGCCCAGCCCACUGCUGCCCAACCAAGCUGGCCCUAGGCAGAGGGCAGCUGGGCCCUUGUGGGUGACAAUAGCAAACAAACCCAAGGGGUGCUGCCAGGGGCCAUUAUCUUCAAGGGAGCGCCCCAGCCUCUGACCGGUGGGGGGCGCCUGAGGGCAGACUGGUCAAUGGCACCUUCUGUGCAGUGUUGCUUGGAAAGCAGCAGGCCUGGUGCUGCUCAGCUGCCUCUCUGCGUGGCUGGGCUUACUGGCCUCUUGCUUACAUGGUUUGUAGGGCAAAGCAGGCGCAGCCUCUGCCCAGCACCCCCUCUCUGGCCCGCCUUCCUCCCAAGCUGGAGCUGGGAGCCACAGGGGGCAUUCAAAGGGAGAUCCUUUAAGGCGGGAGAUCGGCAGCUCUAUGGCUUGGGAGAGUCUGAGCAUAACCCUGCAGCAUCCCAGCUCCCUUUGCUGCGGGCGUUGCGACACAGUUGGGCCUGACAGCCAGCACCCUGCCAGCCCAGGUUGGGCCUCUGCAUGGCGCUCCUCUGGCCUGGCCACCGCUCCCCUGCAGCCCUCUGCUGAAGGCCGUGUGCCUGGGACAGGGGGCAGCCCUGAGCCGCUGCUUGUCCCACCUGCUAGGGAUGCUUGGUGGGCCAAGACUAGCAAAGGGGCAGGGUAACCAGGCAUGGGGAUCCUGUCCCUGCUGGCAAGGAGCUGACGGGGGCGGGGGCGGGGGGAGCUUGGGAACCUUCUGGGGAUGUCGGACAGCUUUUAAAUAAAGGAGUUUGUAGGUAUUGUGUGCGACAGGUGUGUGAGAGAGGGAGGGCUGCCUUGUGCUGUGUUGGCAGGUGCGGAGGGUUCAGCCGGUAGAGGGUUGGGCAUUGGCAGGGCCCGGGGUGGGAAAUGCCAGGCUGGCGGGUGGGGGCAGUGCAUGGUUGGUUGGUGUGUGGGCAGCGGGAGCUGAGGGGGGAGCCUACAGGGUGCUGUGCUAGGAGGCAGGGCCUGAGUAGCCUGCACCUUUCAUGCUCCUUGGUGCUCCAGCCAUACGCACAUGUGGUGCCAGAUGCUGCUGUCCUCGAGCUGCACAAGUCAGCCAGGGAGCCGGCUUAGCUGGCCCUGGCCAGGGCGAGUCCCUUGGCUGGGUACAGCUUGUCCAGUAGCGCUGUGCUCCCCACCUGCCUGCUGCAUAGGGGGAGGCAGAGAUGCCUCCAGCUGUUCGCAGCCCGUCCCCACAGCUGAGGAUUUGGCCUCCUGUCUGGGACUGUCAGCGGUUGCUGCUGCUGCCUUGCAAUGGGCCAGGGAGGGAAGAAGAACCUCCGGGUGGCGGAGGAGCAGCUAAAAGCCUGUAAGUCUGGGGAAAGCCAGGCCAGGCCUUUGUGGGCUUGCACACUCUGUUGAAGCUAGACCGGUCUGCUGCUGGAGGCAGGCGGGAUGUGACAUGCAAGCCCUGGACCUCAGCACCCUAGCCGGGCUCCCAGCGAGGCUAGCUGGUAAAGAUGGGGAAGGCUUCAGGCAGUGCAGGAACCCCUGAGCUCCACUGGAGGCUGCAGGAGCUGGGUGUGAGAUGGAGACUUUCCCUUCCCAGUGGCAGAGUCCAGCCCCUCUCAGCCGUGGUGGUCGUUCCGUUCCCCUGCCCCACGGGUGACUCCCCAUUGCAGGCAGUGCUAAGCCACACAGCCCCCAGGGUGGCUUGGUGGGGGUGGUGCCACACAGUCAACGCAAAUCCCUUCCACAGCACCAAACUGUGCCCCACAGCUUAAUAAACUAGCCAGGCUCAGAGUGUGAGCGGUUCCUGCUGUGCGGGCAGAGCUGCCCAGCCUGCAGGGCAAGCAGCUCUGGGAUAGGAACAGGAUUGGAAUCUGCCCCCCUGGGUUUUUGUAGAUCUCCAAUCUUGUGCCGUGAGAAUGGGAACGGGCAGGGCUCUGUGCCGGCAGACAGCAAGUGUGUGUGUUGGGGGGAGAUGACUCCUAAAUGGAGAAUGUCGCUGCUGAGGCAUGUGGUGGAGGGGACUCUGUUACAGUUUUUGGCUGCUGGGGGCCUGCUGUUGUGGGGCUGGGGUGGUGGCUUCAGGAAAGGGAAAUGGCAGAAGAGCUAGUGCACUGUUUGCAGAAGCAGCAGCAAAACCACAGUUGUGUAAAGGAGCUGAAUGCAGAGGAGUUGUGACUGAUGUGGCCAACUCCCAGCCUGCUCUGAGUAGGUCCUACACUCGCUCCUCCCCACCUAGGCAAAUCAAACACCAGCUCAUGCUGUCCUGUGGUUGCCUUGUGCUGCUGGGGGAAAUGGACAGGGGAACACCCCCUGGCCCAGGAAUCUCACAGCUCUGCAUGUGUCGGGAGGAGAUUGCCGCAUGGAUGAGUGUUGGGCUCUCGAGACUGGAUUCCCCACAGUCCAUCAUUACCCCUGUGCAAGGGAAGCAUGACGUGCUGCCGCCUCAGGAUGGCAGCAUUUCCCCCUCUGGGCCCAGGGGCAGGCUGGGGGACAUCCACCCUGCUUCGUCUCUGUCUGAUGCUCAAAGGCUCUGCCCAAUACAUCAGCCAACUGGUGCUAAAUUUGGAAAAGGAGCAACUCCAACCGGGUAAUUGUGCAGUAUGGCCACAUUGUGCAUUAUUAGGCUUCUUUUUGUUCUUAAUAUGCCUUAAAAAACUCCUCCUUAUUGUCCUUAACUCUGCUGGCCAUGGAGUUCUCCUUGUGUCCCUUCGCUUCCCUUAUCAGUGUUCUACAAUUCCUAGUUUCUAACUUUAUAUUAAUUACUAGCAAGUUCCCCUGUCUUCCAUAGGUAUUUUUUAUAGCUGCCCUCAUUUGCCCUCUAAGCCAGGUUGAUUUGACUAAUAUGGCCUUUCCUCUCAAGUAUGGCUUUUUGGGCAUCUAGUAAAGUGUUCUUAAACAAUUUCCAAUUAUUAUUCACAUUGUUCUGAUUAAAUUCGUCCUCCCAGCUGA